AUGAGUCGUCUCGCAUUAGCUGCUCUGUUGUCCAUCGGGUUCUAUGGGGUUUCAUUUGCCCAGACAUGGUGCGGCAAGAAUUACAUGGCGAGCCAGCCGAUCGUUCCUCCAGGCGGACAGUUCACAAUCCCGGCGAUCUCGUCGACUCCUGUCCUGGCCUUUCGCUGUGCACCUGCUAUCAAGCCAUAUCUGCCUGAGGAUGUCGCGACUCCAGCAGGAAUACUCAUCGACACGUAUCUGACAUACUCUCAGAUCGAGGGUGCAGUCCCGAUCACCCUGUCAGAGUACACCGGACCGGGCGAACUGGCUGUGACUGUCUCUUUGGAGGGACGCGUCCUGACGACCGGCGUCGUCCCCCUCAACGCCACGAAAGUUGAGCUGCCCUUCUCACUGCUCGGGCUGGAGCCACAGAUGGCCUCAUUCGAUGUCAGCUGCGAGGCGAGCUACUCUACCCCUGGCGCUGCGGUACAGACAUUUUCGGCAUCGACGGCAAUUUCAUAUUUGCCCACGCCCCCAGACGGCCGCUCCGCGACCAAGAUGGACUUGCGCACCGGUGCACUGCUCGCGAAACCUGCAAGCGGUGCGGAGGGGCCAUAUGAGACUGUCCUGCCCACAGGGUUCUACACCGGAUUUGGUGGAUACCUUGCAACGAAUUUGUCUAUAAUCGACGAAGUGAAAUCUCUUGGAUACACUGUGAUCCAUCCUAUUCCGCCGUACGAUAAUAUCACUCAGCUCUUUGAGGUCAUCGAGCGCAUGGAGCAGGUCGGUCUGCAUUUGAUGUACGACAUGCGGUUGACAUACAUGAAUACCACCGCCGUCACGGAAGAGGUUAAUCGCGUCAAGAACAGCCCAGCGCUGCUGCUCUGGUACACCGGCGACGAGCCGGACGGCACAUCUGAUCCGCUGAACGCGACGUCGAUCGCGUACGACCUUAUUUACGAGCUCGACGGGUACCAUCCCGUGUCGCUCGUCCUGAACUGUCAGGAUUACUACUGGCCCGAUUAUACUGCUGGCACGGACAUCGUGAUGCAGGAUACGUACAUGAUUGGGAACAACGUGACUUGGUCGUUAGAGUGGAACACAGCAUGCACGCCGGUGUAUGGUUGUUGCGGAUGUGACAAUUGCAAGGGCAACUUCGAAGAUAUCAGCACACGCAUGGACGAGUUUGCUUACAGGCUGUGGGUGGAGGGAUGGGAAGGGACAAAGUCUGUGUGGACGGUUCCGCAAGGUUUUGGUGGUGAAGAGUACUGGACGAGACCUCCCACCGGACAGGAAUUUGUGGUGCAAAGUGCUCUCGGUAUUAAUCACGGUGCUCUUGGUGUUGUGUCCUGGGACAUGCCCACUACCGCCGACAUCCUAUCAUACGGUUCUCUACUGGCUCAGUCUUCAACCGCGCUUAAGGACUACAUUGCAAAUGACCGCGCCACGUUCCAGCACGCCUUCGUGGACCAAAUAGAUGUCGGCCUAUGGACCGUCGGCGAGCAGACCCUCGUGCUGGCAACGAACCUGAAUUACGCGCCGGCAACCUUCGACCUUAUGAGUAUGCCCGGGCUGAAAACUGUCCCGGCGGUGCAGGUGUUGAACACUGGGGCCACCCUGAAUGGUACUGAUAUUGUGCUGGAUCCGGUGGGCACUGGUGCAUUUAUCUUGGGCUAA